GGGUUUUUUCCCGAGCUCUAUAUCUCGUUAUUUGUUUUUACUUCCUAACUGUUCACCAACAUUGUUGAGGUGUAUACGAGUUGUCAGGUAUUGAUGUUUAGACGGUCGAAUGAUGAUUAUACUGGAAGACAUUGAAGGAACCCAAACGCCGUAACACAGAUAGGUCUCUAACUGCAAUACCUGAAUCAGUAGCCAAGUAGCCGUCAAAUAUGGAUAGGCAUCCCCGGGUGAUUAAAAGUCACCGCUCCGACCCAACUAACCAACGCAAUAAAAAUAUGUUGGCUGUCAUUUCUCACAUUAAAUUGCAGACGAUGUCCAAUUCCAAGAAAAGGAUAUGGAGAAGAAGGCCCGGAUCAAGUCGGUUAAGUUUCAUGUCCAAUUCCUCCAUGGAUACAAAAACAAAUGUCGACUUAGAGGAAGAGUUUCUCCAUGCCGCCGAGUUUGGUGAUAUUCCGUCGGUCAAAAGAAUACUGGACCAGACGCCGGAAAUGAACGUGGACUGUAUCGAUGCGUUAGGACGGACGGCGCUCAGACUGGCUGUCAAGAACGAGCAUCUGGAGGUGGUGGAGGUUCUUCUGGACCGAUCCAGUGGUCGCCACAUCUACGAGGCGGUUCUCCAGGCAAUCAGCGCCGGUCAUAUACAGAUAGCAGAGACAAUUCUGAAACAUCGCAGGUAUCUGGAAAUGUGGAAAGAGAGAAAGAAGCUGGGAGACGAGGACCACUUCUUUAAAACUAGCUUUGAAGAAUCUCAAUUCUCCCCCGACAUCACACCCCUGAUCCUGGCGUCCCAGAAAAACCAGUACGAAAUCGUGCAGUUGUUGCUUCUACGAGGGGAGAUAAUCCAGAAGCCGCACAAGUUCCGCUGCGCUUGCCAGGAAUGCACAAACAAAAUGAAGUUUGACAUGCUACGGUCUGCGAAAUAUCGCCUGAACGCAUACCGGGGCCUGGCCAGUGAGGCAUACAUAUCACUGUCCAGUAAGGACCCGAUAUUCACGGCGUUUGAACUUGGCGCCGAGCUCAAAAGUCUGUCCAGGGUCGAGAAAUACUUCAAGAAAGAGUAUAAGGAUCUUGCAGAGCAACUAAGUGAGUACACCGUGAAACUACUGGACCGUGUCCGCACGCAACAGGAAUUGGAGAUAAUUCUAAAUAAGGCGGGAAAACCACGCUUCAACCACUUCGAGAGUUUAGCGAGAUUUAAGCUUGCGCUUUUUUACAAAGAGAAAAAGUUUGUGGCCCACCCUAGCUGCCAACAAAAGCUGAUGAAGUCCUGGUACUACGGGAUGGGGUCCCUAGAGAGGGCCAGCUGGCCUAAGCGGAUCCUGAUGUUUAUCCUGUUUAUCUUGUCCUAUCCCUUCCUCGUCCUUGUAUACCUCGUCUUUCCAAAGUGGAAGAUGAUACAUAUCUUGAAGUACCCGUGCAUCAAGUUCAUCUGCCAGAUGCUGUCUUUCAUCUCCUUCCUGGUGCUGAUCAUCAUCUCCACGGCCGAGUCCUCUCAGACCACCUCUAGCACCAACUCACUCAGAACCCAGCACCAGGACCUACACAGAGUCUACAGCUCAUUCAAGUCUUUCACCAAUGGCACCUUCAUGGGAGACGAUUUCCCAAUGAGACCCCUUUUCCCGUCCAUCACAGAAUUUCUUAUAACCAUAUGGGUCUUUGGUUUUGCCUGCCAGGAGUGUAACCAAAUCUACCUUCUUGGAAUAGAGAGUUACACAGAGUCAUGGUAUAACUUAAUGGAUUCCGCCCUUCUUUGCCUAUAUUUUGCCUCAUAUACGUUGCGAUACAUGGUGAUGAUCAAGGGCCAGUUUGCUUUGAAGUACAUCUUGAAUGUCAAUCUAACAGAUCCUGACCAGUAUUUUUUUCUGGAAUGGCAGUUCUACUGGCUAAAUGCAGAUAGGUUUUACUGGCAACCUUUUGACCCCAUCAAUGCUGCCGAGGCCUUAUUUGCCGUUGCCAACAUCCUGAGCUUUUCACGUGUCUCCUACCUGUUACCUGCCAAUGAAGCCCUCGGUCCUCUACAGAUCACUUUAGGUCGAAUGGUGAAAGACAUUCUGAAGUUUAUGUUGCUGUUCAUCGUUGUGAUUGGUUCCUUCAUGGUGGGGCUACACAACCUCUACUGGUACUACAGCGUGCAUGACGACAUCGAAAUCACGGACCACGAAUUCCAGUUCAAGGCAGAAAAAUAUUUUGGGACUGUGCUGGUCACCUUUCGGACUGUGUUUUGGUCCAUAUUUGGCCGAGGAGACACUGAUGUUUUAUCCUUGGGAGAGUACCAGAACAAUUUUACUGAGGACAUAGGCUACAUCAUAUACGGCGUGUUCAAUAUUGUGACUGUGACUGUACUUAUCAACAUGUUCAUAGCUGUGAUGACCAGAUCAUUUCAAAAUAUUGCGGAAGACGCAGAUUGUGAGUGGAAAUUUUCACGAAGCCUGCUAUACAUGGAGUACAUAGGAGAGGGAUGCACCCUUCCCGUGCCCCUCAACAUUCUUGGGGGACCUCGGGCACUGGUCAACAAAAUCAUCAAGGUCUGCUGUUGCUGUAAAAGUGCUGAUGACGUCAGGGAAACCCCUGACGAGGUCUCCGGAAGUAAGAUAGACCCGGAUCAUUCCAAUACCAACGGGACGUCUUCAGCACAGGAGCAUGGGUGCCGCAGUGUGGAUAUUGCCACAAUAGAAAUGUACGAGUCCACCCUGAGUCCAGAGGAUAUGGACAUGAGGAGAAGGAGCCAAAGUAUCAUAAUGGAGCCAUUAGACUAUAAGAAAGUGAUACAGACUAUUAUACAGCGCUAUAUAUUCGAUAUACAGCGCGAAGCAGAAGUUACAGAAGACGAUUUUGAAGAAAUUAAACAGGAUAUAUCUAGUUUUCGAUACGAAAUGUUAAACCAGAUCAAAGCGAAUGAAUUCAAUAUCAACGAAAUGGCGACUUCCGUUUCCUCCCUUUUGAAAUACGUCAAGACGCUUGCGCGGAAUGGAAAUCCAAGUCAGGAAGACGAUUCUCCGAAGGAGGAAAAUGAACAGUCUCUAGAAGAUGAGACACAGAACCAAGAUGUCCCAGACACAAACGACACUGGAGCACUUUGAACUAUGCGUCCUAUUUCUUGCCAAAGUUGACAUAGUGAAUGUGUUUUUGAGACGGGUUAUCUCCCCUUUUGCAAGAGCUGUUUGUAUUUAAAGCACCAGAAUCUGUCUCGCCAUGUGUAUGAAAUCUCAUGAGAAGUUACAAUAUUAUAAUUGUCAAUUGUUACUUUUCUUUAGAGAAUAUAUGUUGUAAAAAUGAUACAACAAACAUUUUUGAUUUUUCGAAAAGGAAAACCAAGAGACAUUUACACUGUGGAGUUGUUCCCUUGAGUAUUUGUAUUUAUUUCACUGAUACCUUCUCAGAUUAUGUUUUAAAUUUAAGAUCGCUAUCAAAGUGUGAAUGUGAGUUAUGAUGUGGCUGGAUUUUGUGAUAUUUUGGACCUAUUUUGUGUUGUCUGUGGCCCACCGCCUGUCGUAUUGUGAUACAGCGACGAGAGGACUUAAAUGCGUAGGAAUAUCGAUAUGGCUGGUCCAUUGAGGUUUUUUGUUUAUGGAUUAUUUCGCUGUCGUGAAAUGUCUCUUGCUGUCCGAGACAGUAUUUGUCAACCAACGAAUGUUAACUUGAUGCUUUACUAUGUAUGUUAUAUUCUGUCAGUUUCAAUUAAAAGAAAAAAAUUAAUUUUGUCCUUUUUGGGAGUUGAUUUUAAUCAACUCUCCUAUGCAGUUACUCAGACAAACCGAAAGUGAAACAGUGUUUGAACCUCAGCACAAAUCAUUGCUGCUGACAAGACUUAGUUCUUGAAAUUAAUUGAUAAAUUCGAUGUAAUGUAUGCUAAAUCAUUGUUUUUCAAGGAAACUUAUUUAUAAAUACCUUGAAAAUACAUGUAGUCAGAUUUUAAAUGGUACGAACAAUUUAAAUAUUUUUUGUAGUCGUAUGUAUUCCUACGCCAGAGUUCAAUAUAGUCUCGUUAAAACCGACGCUCGGCUGUCUCUGUAAAUCCUUGUCGGAAAUUUACGGUGUCAGCCGAGCGAUUGGUUGAACGAGACUAGAGUUCAAUAUUGCUUGGAUCCAUACAAUUUUCGAGAAAUAUUUCUAUUACUGAUACAUAGUUUGAUUGAAUUAAUUUUAUCUUUAAAUAUUAUUUAACAUGAUUCAUAUGGGGGUUUCUCGACAUUCUUGUCGAAAAAGUCCAAAAAUUCAUAUUAUAAAAAUGUGCGUAAUUCAACUUCAUAAAUUAGAAACUACAUGUACUUGUCAUGCAAGAUUUUAAAAUAAAUAAAC